AUGGCUGCAUCUGACAGUAUUACAAACUACACAACUGUUACAACUAUCGUCUUCUUUUUUUACAGGGGCGCUAAGUCUCGAGUCCGAUCCCGCGUCUUCAAAGAGGGAACCAGAGUCAUCUCCCAGGAGCCCGAUCUCCCAGACGAGGUCGAGCUAGCGAAGAAGUACGUCGGGAAGUACUUGUGCCACUGGUGCGGACGAGGCUUCGAGGAAGAACCGGAGCUCGCGAUCCACCUGAAGCGCCACGUCCGAGGCUUCAACGUCGUGCGGAACUCCCAGCGCGUGCCGAAGCCGCCCAAACCCCCGAAACCCAAGAAAACCCCCCUGGAAUGCGACAUCUGCAAGAAGAAGUUCUGGGACAAAGCGAGGCUGGAGAGGCAUUUCAAAGUGAACUGCCCGCUGGUGCCCGGGGGCAAGCCGCGGAAGCAGAGGGUGUCCCACAUGUCGUACCAGUGCCCCAUGUGCGAUUUCGUCUCGCCGAUCCGGACCGGGUUCACGAAGCACCUGCUGAUCGCCCACUCGGAUGCGAAGCCCUUCCAGUGCGAGAUGUGCGGGCAGGGCUUCAAAGCGAACAGGAAUUUGAGGCUCCACCAGCGCGUCGUCCACUCCGAGGAACGACCGUUCCAGUGCGAUCAAUGCGGCGACGCCUUCAAACUGAAAUCCAUUCUGAAGGACCAUUACAACUCCAUCCAUAACGAGGCCAGGCCGUUCCAGUGCGAGUUCUGCGAGAAGAAUUUCAAGGCGAGGAAUAAUUACGUGGCUCAUAGACGGAUCCAUCUCGACGAGAGGCCGUACCCGUGUGAUCUGUGUAGCUAUGCCUCCAGGGAGAGCUCCCAGCUGACCAGACACAAGCGGAAGAUCCAUAAGGUGACGCGGAAGAAUGAACCGCUGCCUCAGCCGGAGCCACCGAUGGAGCCUCCGCAAGAACCGGAGUCACCGGAGGUUGAUCUGUUCGCUGCGUUGAAAUUCGAUUAAUGUUGUCCUCGUUUAUUUGUUUUUAAGGUGAUGCCGCAAUCACGCGCUGAAUGUGGGAGCUGAAUGUGGCUUGAAUGUGGAAGUCAUUGGCCCGAUGCCUGAAUUUUCCGC